AUGCAAGCAGAAGCAACACCAAGCACCAAGAAAGGGAACAAUACCUCAGCAGGCACUAAGUUAAGAAAGUGCAAGGAAAUUUCUAUUCCGCCUCAGCGACCUCUACCUAAUGGAACAACUGUUAACUUUGGCAACGGCCCAGUACCAAGUUCGAAGGAUCCCAGCAGUACUAUAGGGAACAAGAGAAACAACCGAAAAAAGUUAUCAAACCAGAAGCAAACGUAUGAUGUUAUAUUCAAUUCAGACUUGGCUCAACAACAGGUUAAGGGCCAGCAAGAUCAUUCCUCAAUUCUGCCUUCAUCAGCCUCUCGUGGGGGUGACCACCGAACUACUCCUAAAUCUAGUAAAGAACUAGGCUCCGCAAGACCGAACAGCCUGAAACAGGGUCAAAAUCAAGCGAAUAAGCAGAGUAGGGCUCCCAGAAUUGCCGCUAAACCAACCAAAUAUGCUGGCUCAUCUUUUCACCAGUCUCCGUCCGCCGUGUCGUUACCGAAGCCAAGCUUUCUGUAG